CCCCGGUGCCGCCCCGCCUGCGAUGCAGCCCGGCCCCGCGCGCUGACUCCCUCCGGCCUCCGCUGCCCCCUCCCCGGCCAGGCCGCAAAGCCCCGGCCUCGCGUAGCGCGGCGCGCCGAGCCCCGCGGGGGGUAGGGCGGCCCCGGGCCGGGCCAUGCGGCGGGGCCCCCGCUAGGCUCCGCGGGACAGGAGGGCGGCCCCGGCCCGGCCAUGCCGGCCAAGAGGAAGCCGGUGCUGCCGGCCCUGACGAUCACUCCGACCAUCGCCGAGGGCCCGAGCCCGGACGGCUCCUCCGAGGCAAACCUGGUAGAUCUGCAGAAGAAGCUGGAGGAAUUGGAAUUGGAUGAGCAGCAGAAGAAGAGGCUGGAGGCUUUCCUCACCCAGAAAGCCAAGGUUGGGGAGCUGAAGGAUGACGACUUUGAGAGGAUCUCCGAGCUGGGAGCUGGCAACGGUGGGGUGGUCACCAAAGUGCAGCACAAACCCUCAGGACUCAUUAUGGCACGAAAGCUGAUUCAUUUAGAAAUUAAACCCGCCAUUCGUAAUCAAAUUAUCCGAGAGCUGCAGGUCCUGCACGAGUGUAACUCUCCGUACAUUGUGGGUUUCUAUGGAGCUUUCUACAGCGAUGGGGAGAUCAGCAUCUGCAUGGAGCACAUGGAUGGAGGCUCUCUAGAUCAAGUGUUGAAAGAAGCCAAAAGGAUUCCGGAGGAGAUCUUGGGGAAAGUCAGCAUAGCGGUUCUGCGAGGUUUGGCCUAUCUAAGAGAGAAGCAUCAGAUCAUGCACAGAGAUGUGAAACCUUCUAACAUCCUGGUCAAUUCCCGGGGAGAGAUAAAGCUAUGUGACUUUGGGGUUAGCGGUCAGCUCAUUGAUUCCAUGGCAAACUCCUUUGUGGGGACUCGAUCCUACAUGUCUCCUGAGCGGUUGCAGGGCACUCAUUACUCAGUUCAAUCCGACAUCUGGAGCAUGGGUCUCUCCCUGGUGGAGCUGUCUAUCGGAAGGUACCCAAUCCCCCCACCAGACUCCAAGGAACUGGAAGCGAUAUUUGGCCGUCCCAUGGUCGAUGGGGCAGAGGGAGAACCUCACAGCAUCUCACCGCGGCCCAGACCCCCAGGGCGCCCUGUCAGUGGCCAUGGAAUGGACAGUCGGCCUGCAAUGGCUAUCUUCGAACUGCUGGACUAUAUUGUUAAUGAGCCUCCUCCUAAGCUGCCGAAUGGAGUUUUCACACAAGACUUCCAGGAGUUUGUAAAUAAAUGCUUAAUUAAAAAUCCAGCAGAACGGGCAGAUCUGAAGAUGCUGAUGAAUCACGCCUUUAUCAAACGCUCUGAAGUGGAAGAGGUGGAUUUUGCAGGCUGGCUAUGUAAAACGCUGCGGUUAAACCAGCCCAGCACCCCCACCCGCACUGCCAUGUGACGGCAAAGCAAACUGCCUUGUGUCUAUACAUCUGCCUGUCUGUCACCGUUUCCAGCCCUUCAGUAGAAGACAGAACCACCCUCCUUCCUCCCCCAUCCCCUUCCCACCCUGCUCCUAAAUGGCAAAGCACCAUCAUUUUGGGAAAUAUCCAUCAUCCCACAAACGAGCAGAAAUGGGCUUGCUUUCUUUGUUUUUUUUCCUUGCCCGCGUUCAAGCGCGGCUCAGUCUUUGAAGUUUCUGACAUUUGGGAAAUGUGCUGCUGCUUACGUUGUCUCUUUUGAAACCUGUUCACUUGGGUUAAAAACUAUGGGGUGUGUGUGCAGGGGGCGGGGAAGAUCACGUGCUUUGUACACUUAACUUUUGGUGUGGGCUUGAAAAUGGCUAGUGUCGAAAGCUCUAGCACUGGACACAGAGAAACCUAUCCAUGCAGAAUGGGUGGGGUGAGGGCAGGCGCAGUUGUUGCCAGAUGGUACAGCUGUUGCAUGUGUGUUGGCAGAGAGCAAGAAGGGGAAGUGAAGGUGUUGAGACUAGUAGAUUCCUUGAGCUUGCUUGGGGAAAUUAGCAGAGGCUCUGCAAGAACAAAGAGACGGUUCGUGGGCAAUAUUUUUAGCCUAGCUGGGGAAAGAGGAGCAGCACUAAAUUCUCUCCCACCUUCCUUUUGUCUGUUUGACAUUCAGCUCCUUAACAGGGAAGCCUUUCUUCAGCUUCCCUUGUCCUGUUCCAAUUUGUGCCCAGUAAGGGCUCUGUCCUAACCCACAGGAUGGAGAAAGGACUGACUAGGGAAUCCUGUUUUUCUUCAUGUAGCUUUGAGGUCCUUUUGCAUUACUGUGUGUGGGAAAGUUGAUUUUUAGUAGCCCAACUUUCUUCCCUGCUGAUCUUCUUCCAUGGGUAGCGAGGAAAAGCUUCUGCUUUUAAAACAUGAGGUUUUCGAGUAUAUUCCAGACAUGCACUGUGUGUUCGGUGAUCAUCUCGGGCUACUAAAUCGCCACAUUGGGCAGUUAGCCUGCUAAAAAAGGGAAUGAGUCUGAGCCAGUUCAUAACAGACUGCAGGGCAAUACUGGCUAUUCUUCCAGUCAAUGUGACGCUCAGGGGCAAGAAGUUUUUUGUGGUAAGCUUGGGCCUACCAGAAUGGUGAUGGGGGAGACAGCACCCCCCCAGCGACUGCAGCAGCAUUGUUGCCCAGCUGCCCUUCCGCGCUUUGAGAGGAAGACUGCGUCUUGCACCUGACAGUUGGCGACACAAAGGGAAAGCGGGCAUUUCCAGCACGUUCUGCCGCCAGGGCAGAGGUGCUGUGUUGGGAAUUGAAUCCCCAGCAACUGGCCCAGGGAAGAAAAGUCCUGAUCUUCCUUCAGAUCUACUCGCGGCACUGACAAGGCCAAUCUGGCAGCAGCCCAGGAGUGUGAUGCAAACUCCAAAGGCUCUUGGGGUGCAGGUUUUCUCUGCUGCUCUAUGGUCCAGUGAGAACCAUCUCCGAGGGCAGAUACAAGCAUUUUUAGAAACGUUUUUUGGAGAGGCAGGGUGGGGAUGGGGGAGAUGCCUCAAAUCCUACAGGAAGCCAAACAGCAGAUUUCCACCCUGGGUUCUUUACCUGUUUGAAAAGGUCUCCAAGCUGCCUGCUAGUGAUCAGGAUUGGGCUUCGUUUUGUUUUUCCUCCAGCACUGAUCUUUUUCCCCCCCAGCUCCUACCAGAGGGUUUCAAACCUGUGAUCUCCCCAGGAAUAUACCUAGUCUGGAAGUUCAUUCUCUUCCCUCCCCUCCCCUGCUUGGUCUCACUGUUUUAGAGUGGCUGGUUCAUAACUGUGUAUUCAGCCGGCAGCCUUCAGACAACCAUUUCAGGCAGAAGACCAGGGCGAGGUAGCUGUGACUCCAGCUGUCUUAUGACCAGCUGGCGAGAUGCUGUACAAGGCCACUGGAGGAAUGAAACCACACAUCAGAACUAGUUUUGUGACAUAACUAGCCAAAAGCAAUCAAGUCUCUGGGGGAGACUUUCCCGAGGACCAUUAGGUGCCUAACUCCUAUUGGCUUUAAUGGGAGCUGGGUGUCUUAAACGGUCCUCUUUGCCUGGGCAAAAUCUCCCCUUCUGCCAGUUUGAUGGCACAUGCUUCUUGGGUAGGGGAAAGACCUCUCAAAGCCACCCAGACAUGGUGCACGUCUCUUCGCUCUUCUGAUAGGUAAAGAUGCCAUUGCACGGUGGCUGAACUGUUACACAGAGCUGCCUGCACCAUUGCAGCCCCUCUCCCGCCCCCUGCUCCAGCAGUUAGGAGUCCUGUCCAGUUUUAGCCUCUUCCAUUGGGGAAGCGCUGCUACUUCGAGUUAUGAUUGCUAUCCCCAUUGCUCGGCGUUCCCUGCCAAAGGCCAGUACAAAUCCCUGCGCGGCAGAGUUCCCUAAUUGUGAUAGGUGGAGUGGUCACUCCAAAUGUGCUUCAUCUAACGAUAAUCCUGCUGGCAACCUCUGAACCACGAAGAUCUCCAUACUGCUCCCUAGAAGGGGGACACCAGUCGUACGCUGUCUUUUCUGCUGCUGAGCUGGGAGUAGAGUCUUGCCUUGGGCAAGCAGAUCUUGCUUUCUAACUUUCCACGGGAGCUGCCUGGUUCUCAGAAACAUUUUCCUGUAGGCUAUCUGGGCAGGAAGACCCGGAUGGCUAAGAGAAAGUGACUAACUGAGGUAGCUGUUUGCUCCUGCCCUUUGAUUAGUGUGUGAGCUGAUUCAGACAUGAAGUCUGAGGGAAGCCUCUUGUGGAACUGUACUAGGCCUUGUUUGUUUUUGUGAGACUGGCAGUAGUACGUAUGGAAUUUGCCAAGUGUAUUUAUCUCCCCUUUCUUAGGGUGGAUCCGGUUCUUCAUUUCCUUGAGGGAAGGGAAUAAGAGGUUAAACGAUAGCUAACUGGAAGGGCCUGCUCACCUUUGGUGGAAUCUUGCUUCUCUCAAGCUACCUCUCUAGGGAAUGAUAGGUACGUACCUUGCCGGUACGGGAGCAAGGAAGGGCCUUGUUUUGCUAUAACAGUUGAGUCUCAUGAGGUGGGAAGAUAGCCUGCAUGGAUCACAUGGACAGGGUCUGUUCAAAGAGCCUUUUAUGUUUUUUUGUUUUUUUUUUUAAAUUUACCCUUUCUUUUCCUGCCUGACGUAGAAAUACAAGCCAUAGGAAUGACUCAUUCCCUUGCCCUCUUGGCUUUCGGGGAGGGGUCUCUGUGAUGUGCGAGUUCCAUUUGGCUAGAGUCUAGAAAUCUUGUCUUUGUCGGGUCUCCUAAGGCACGAUGUCUUGGCUUAAUGGGCAGAGGCUGUCUGCGUCCUCAGCCCUAGCAUUCUUGUGCUGCUGUUAAAGGAAAAACCUGCGCCAGCCCACAGUGGCUGCAAAGGUCAAUUGUGAACUUGUAAAUUCGGGGAAGUGGGGGUGUGUGAUUUGUGAGGCUUGGAAAGUGUGGCCACAGCUGCUUUCUAAUGGACAGUUCCUUUAUUGGGUAGGCAGCAGACAUAUCAGUGCCCCCCUCCCCCAAAAAGCAUACAUUCUUCUCCUGUAACCACGUUCCACUGGGGAAUGUAUCGAAUCUACCUGAAAAGGAAAGGAUGUGGAGCAGAACCUGAUCACUCAUGAAGCACCUUCCAUGUCUGUAUGGUGUCUAUUUCACCCCUUUGAUGAAGGGCAAGGUGUCAGCCAGUGUGGGGUAAAGUCUUUCAACCAGCACGUUGACUGUGUAAUCAUUUAAGGAGGGGUGGGGGAUUCCCUCCCUCCCCAUAGAUGCGUUUCAUGCUGCUGAUUGUGAUUCAGAUAUGCUGGGUGUUUUUUAAAACACACACACACACAAAUAUGGCGGGCUGUGCUCAUUUUUUCAAAUAGUACCAGCGGCUCAGGCACUGGUGUUAUUUUUACCGUUUUGACCCUGGAGUUACCCUAUUUGAUCAGAUUAUCAGGUGCUCUCGUGCCUGGGUUCUCGUUAAUCAGACCAGUUAAUCAGACACGCAUGCAGAAAAGCAGAUGAGAGGGCUGGACGAAUGUGGGUCUCUUACUCUGUUCGGGGGAACACCUGCAAAGUUGGUACAAUCUCCUGAUUCCCAGAAGAAGGGGAGACAGGUUUCCCUACUGCUCCAAACCAAAGCUUAUGCUGCAGGCUUCAGAUUUCACUCUGUCCGUUUGCCACGGUGUCCCAUAAUAUUUAUAAAGCAGGAAGAAAAUGGGUACAGUUUAAUAGCCCGAGGGAAGACUUGUCUGAUAGCUAGAAAAGAUUUGAGAGCUGGAAUCUGACGCAUCAUCCCUGAGUGGCAGUUGUAUGAUUUCCAACAUCCCAUUUGUUUUUUUUUUUUCCUAGAGUGCACUUAUAUUCCAUCAAAUCUGGCAACUCUGGAGGAUUGAAUGUAUUAUACAAAGUGUUUGGGUUAAUUAAAAAAAACAAUUCUAAUUGAAAUGGUGAGAUCGUGUGCUCUGAAUGACUAUGUACUGUUUUUGGUCAUGUAUAUGAGCCAUGAGGCUCUGGGGUGGGGGGUAUAUCUUUUUUCCCUCUUAUUUAAAUAAAAAAACGGUGGGGAUUCUACGAUUCAAACGCUUUGGGGUAGUUUUGUUUUGCUUUUGCGCUUGGUUUUGGAGGUGAAGGGGAAAGUCUAUUGAGCAUUUUGUUGGUGCAAUUUUUUUUUAACUAUUUUCAUCCUGGAAAAAAUAAUAAAUGGCACUUUACAUUAAAA